AGGUUCCGGUCCGUCGGCGCCAUUUCCCAGCAGCCCCUGCGGCACGGCCUUCUCUUCCGGUGUCGGCGGCGGCGGCGGUGCAGCCAUGGCCAAGUCCAAGAACCACACCACGCACAACCAGUCCCGUAAGUGGCACAGAAAUGGCAUCAAGAAACCCAGGUCCCAUAGAUACGAGUCUCUCAAAGGGGUUGAUCCCAAGUUUCUGAGAAACAUGAGGUUUGCAAAGAAACACAACAAAAAGGGGCUGAAAAAGAUGCAGGCCAACAACGCGAAGCAGGCUGCUCAGCAGAAAAAGGACUGAUGUAGUUUGGGAGCAAAAGAACCAGUUUCCCCAUUGGCAUGUGUAUUACAGCAUUUUUGUAAAAAUAAAAUUGGUCGUAACAAAGUCUUUACCUCCUGAAUUUUGAGGAGCUCUCUCCAAAAGUCUUGAGUUGUAUUCUACAUGCCAGCUGGAGCUGUGGAGAGGGGUUGUGGUGAUAUCAUCAGCCUACACACACAAAAUAAAACAGCUGCUCCAUCCUCA